AGGCGACGUACAUGCGUAUUUUUUCCGGGCUGGUACUGCGCGUGCGCAAUGACAGGAGUCCUUGGCUGGUCGGCCUGCUGUAGGUUACUGAUCCUGUGAAGGGACACCGACAAAAUGCAGAGCUGGACUCAGUUAUACCGCUCUCUGGCCACGCGGAGCCACCAGCUGCCCUGUAAACUGCACGGAGCUGCAGCUCUGUCCGUCAGAACCUACGCUGACAAAGCAGCAAUCGAUGCAGACGUCACGGUCGUGGGCUCCGGUCCAGGCGGCUACGUCGCCGCCAUCAAAGCUGCACAGCUCGGCUUCAAGACAGUGUGUGUUGAGAAAAAUCCCACGCUGGGUGGAACCUGUCUGAACGUCGGCUGCAUCCCCUCAAAGGCUCUGCUGAACAACUCCUACCUGUACCACCUGGCUCACGGCAAGGACUUUGAAAGCAGAGGCAUCGAAAUUUCAGGCAUCUCGUUGAACCUGGAGAAGAUGAUGGCUCAGAAGAGCGGAGCGGUGAAAGCACUGACCGGAGGAAUCGCACAUUUAUUCAAACAGAACAAAGUGACCCACGUCAAUGGUUUUGGGAGGGUGACGGGUAAGAACCAGGUGACGGCCACGGUGGCCGACGGCAGCGAGCAGGUCAUCAACACCAAGAACAUCCUCAUCGCCACGGGCUCCGAGGUCACGCCCUUCCCCGGGAUCCAGAUCGAUGAGGAAACCGUCGUGUCGUCCACAGGAGCUCUGUCCCUGAAGAAAGUGCCAGAGGAGCUGAUUGUGAUUGGAGCUGGAGUCAUCGGAGUAGAGCUGGGGUCAGUGUGGCAGCGUCUGGGCUCUAAGGUCACAGCCGUGGAGUUCCUGGGCCACGUCGGCGGCAUGGGCAUCGACAUGGAGAUCUCCAAGAACUUCCAGCGCAUCCUGCAGAAGCAGGGCCUCAAGUUCAAGCUCAGCACCAAAGUCAUGGGAGCCACCAAGAGGCCUGACGGAAAGAUCGACGUGGCGGUGGAGGCGGCGGCCGGAGGGAAGAACGAGACUCUGACGUGUGACGUGCUGCUGGUCUGUAUCGGCAGACGACCUUUCACCCAGAAUCUGGGUCUGGAUUCUGUUGGCAUCGAGCUGGACAACAGGGGUCGCAUCCCUAUCAACAACCGCUUCCAGACCAAAGUACCCAGUAUUUAUGCAAUCGGUGACGUGGUUGCCGGGCCGAUGCUGGCCCACAAGGCCGAGGACGAGGGCAUCAUCUGCGUGGAGGGCAUGGCCGGUGGCGCCGUGCACAUCGACUACAACUGUGUUCCCUCCGUCAUCUACACACACCCCGAGGUGGCCUGGGUGGGCAAGACAGAGGAGCAGCUCAAAGAGGAGGCCGUCCCCUACAGAGUCGGAAAGUUCCCCUUCGCAGCCAACAGCCGAGCCAAGACCAACGCCGACACCGACGGCAUGGUGAAGAUCCUGAGCCACAAGGAGACAGACAGGAUGCUGGGAGCGCACAUCCUCGGAUCUGGAGCAGGAGAGAUGAUCAACGAAGCUGCUUUGGCCAUGGAGUACGGAGCUUCCUGUGAGGACGUCGCCAGAGUCUGCCACGCCCACCCUACGGUGUCGGAGGCCUUCAGAGAAGCGAACCUGGCCGCCUCCUUCGGCAAAGCCAUCAACUUCUGAUGCUCCAGCCGCUGUCGCACCUUCAGUGUAAAUAACAGAGGAGAAACAGGAAGUUUUGUGUGUCUGCGUCUGAACCUUCAUCCAACCCACCCUGGCAGAGAUCCUCUGUGCACAUCAACACUGUACCACAUUUAGUUCUAAUGUUAUUUAAAUGUUCUGAAGCAAAACAAUAAAGGGGGUUUGGGCGGUAAAUGAAACACUGACUGCAGAUCAGUCUUUUCCCAACCUAUACAGCACUUAUUUACAGGACAUAGAGAUAUAAAUAUUAUUCUUGGCCAGCAGGGGGGGUGGCUGUAGGUUUGUCUUGUAAAAGAAGAAGAGAGUGUUUUUGUUUUUUCUGUUUUUUACAGUGCGAAACAAUUCACCACGACAGACUUUAAGGAGUCGUCAGGGCAGGAAACUGGAGCUGGAUCCACAGAGUCAAGUUUUAAAGGUUAAAUCCAUUCGUGAAGUUGCUGUUUGUGGGUCAAAACCUCAAGACCCUCCCCACCGAAAUCAGCAGAUUAAUAUUGUUUUAUUUGUUUAACCAGUUAGAAGACGACUGCAGGAAAAAAACAGACGAAACAACACAAGAACAAAAUAAAUCCGUUGUGUCCAGAGACUUUAAACACAUUUAACUGUUUUUAAUAAGUAAAAUCUAUUUCAAACAGCAGAUUUCUGUGGAUUUAUCCUUUUUUUCCCUUUUUUUCAGUUAAGUAUAAAUUUAUUUUGGUAGAGGAGCUGUUGAUAGUUAAACUGUUUCCUGCUCUGAUCACUUCACUGUGAUUGGCUCUGGCCUGUUCUUGCUUAUCUCGCCAUUUAAACCAAUAAAUGCAGUAUCCAUGAAAUAAAACUACAGUGUUUAACUUUA